AGCGCCCGGUGUUGUCUCGUCGAUGGACAUUUGUUACUUGUUUGUCCUUCACUUUGGUUUCGGCUACUCGAGCGCCGCCGGUAAACGCGCGUGCAGUCCGGCUCGUUGUCAUGGAUACCUUAUGUACCAAGCUAGUAAAGAGAUAAGUAGUUAAAGCACAACUAUGGGGACCUGUGGCUGCUUGUUUCCUCUCUGCAUUAUAGCAACUGUUUGUAUGCCUGUACGUGAGCGGUAGUGGAUGCCGGGUGCGAUAAGUUGUGCUGCCAUACUUGGUGCAAUGGCAACCCGGAAGGCAGGCGUUCGGCGUACGGUUAGCAUCGUUAAGCGAGCCGUGGCCUGGCUAGGCCCCGAAAACGGCGCACCAUACGCCGUCUGAGGGCCAGGGUAAUGCUGCUGAUGUCUUGCCCAAUGCCAAGAAUAAUAUAUUGGAAAAAUUUAAACCUGUGGUUCCUUGGCCUCAUGUUGAAGGAGUGGAGGUCGACCUGGAGUCCAUCCGUCAGAAGCAUGCAGGAGAAAAUGAGAUACAUCAGCAAAAACGGGAAUCUGGGGAUGUUGUGCAGAAUCAGCAAAAUGUCAUGCAGAAGCAGUAUGCUACUUUUAAACCCCACAGCCACCCGUACUCCAACCCUGUCCUGAAACGAGGUAUUUUGGGCAACUUUGAGCCGAAGGAACCUGAACCUGAUGGAGUGGCAGAUGGCCCAGGGGAAAGAGCCAAACCGUUUGUUCUGGGUCCAGACUACAAGGAUUCCAUACAGGACAGCAUCAAAGAGUUUGGCUUCAAUAUGGUGGCCAGCGACAUGAUAUCCCUGGACCGCAGUAUCAGUGACUUGCGGCAUGAAGAAUGCAAAUACUGGCACUACGAUGAGAAUUUGCUGACCUCGAGCGUCAUUAUUGUCUUCCAUAACGAGGGGUGGUCCACACUGAUGAGGACCGUGCACAGCGUCAUCAAAAGGACGCCCCAGAAAUAUCUUGCUGAAAUUGUUAUGAUUGAUGACUUUAGCAAUAAAGUGCACUUGAAAGAGAGGCUGGAGGAGUAUAUCAAGCAGUGGAACGGCCUGGUUAAGCUGUUCCGCAAUGAGAAGAGGGAGGGCUUAAUCCAAGCCCGGAGCAUUGGAGCCCGGAAGGCCACAUUAGGCCAGGUGCUCAUCUACCUGGACGCUCACUGUGAAGUCGGAGUGAACUGGUAUGCACCUCUGGUGGCCCCCAUUUCAAAGGACAGAACCGUGUGCACGGUGCCUCUCAUUGACUCCAUAAACGGCCAGACUUACACCAUUGAACCACAAGGGGGCGGGGAUGAAGAUGGCUUUGCCAGAGGAGCGUGGGACUGGAGCAUGCUUUGGAAACGUGUCCCCCUCUCAGACAGGGAGAAGCAGAGGAGAUCCUUUAAAACUGAGCCAUAUCGGUCUCCUGCUAUGGCUGGUGGUCUGUUUGCUAUUGAGCGAGAUUUCUUCUUUGAACUGGGGCUGUAUGACCCUGGCCUGCAGAUCUGGGGAGGAGAAAACUUUGAGAUCUCUUACAAGAUUUGGCAGUGUGGUGGUCAGCUGCUGUUUGUGCCCUGUUCUCGAGUUGGACAUAUAUAUCGUCUCCAUGGUUGGCAAGGAAACCCGCCCCCCGCUCACGUGGGCUCCUCCCCCACGCUAAAGAACUAUGUGCGUGUAGUUGAAGUAUGGUGGGAUGAGUAUAAGGACUAUUUCUACGCCAGUCGACCCGAAACCCAGACUCUGGCUUACGGAGACAUCAGUGAGCUGAAACGAUUUCGAGAGGAGCACCAUUGUAAAAGCUUCAAGUGGUUUAUGGAGGAAAUCGCUUACGACAUCCCAACUCACUAUCCACUGCCUCCCAGAAAUGUUGAUUGGGGAGAGGUUCGUGGAUAUGAAACUAACUACUGUAUAGACAGCAUGGGCCACACAAACGGCGGAAAUGUGGAGACCGGGCCCUGUCACAGGAUGGGCGGAAACCAGCUAUUUCGAAUAAAUGAAGCCAGUCAGCUCAUGCAGUAUGACCAGUGCCUGACAAAGGGAGCUGAUGGGUCAUCAGUAAUAAUAACUCAUUGCAACUUGAAUGAGUAUACUGAGUGGAAGUAUUUUAAGGAUCUUAAUAGGUUUACAUAUAUUCCUACUGGGAAAUGCUUGGAUCGAUCAGAUUUGUUGCACAAGGUUUUCAUCGCCGAUUGCGACCGAAGCAAAAACAGUCAAAAGUGGGAAAUGAACAACAUCGUGGCAGUGUAGCACUUACACAGACAGCUUCUUGAAAGUUGUGGAUCAAUUUCUGGAGCCACCAGAUGCCUGCACAACUGCUGCAUUUAGAAGUCUAGUAAAAUGGAAGAGGAGAAUUAUGGGAAAUAUAUCCUCCUGUUUUUGAACUGUUUACAGAUCCAAUUUGAAACAUUUUCCCAUUAUAGGUCUUGUUUACAUGUUUUCUUGAUCUCCAUGUCUUUGAAGGUAUUUCUUGGGAAUUACUCAGGGUAUGAAGUGUGUGUUGCUUUCCUGUAUCAUUUGAGAAUCCCACUUCAGUGGGUACCAACACUCCUUUUUCAGCAAAUUAAUUGCAUACAUUUUUGUUUACCUUGUGUCCUGCUGGUUUAAACUGGAAUAUGAAGAAGUCAGCUUGCAGUUUAGCGGUUUUUGGAAGUGAUCAUGCCAGGGAAUGGCAGUAGAGUUAAUUCCAAGGAGAAAGUCUGUAUGCUAACCUCAAUAUUACUUUAGUAGAAUGAUCUGUGUGAAAAGAUGGGGGGUAGAGCUAGGGCAGUGCUUCCCAACCCAGGCCUCAGGAACACCCCCCCAAACAGUCCAGGUUUUUAUAUAGCUCCCUCCCAGCUUCCUGCCAGACAGUACACAUUUUUGUUCCCUCCCAGCUCCCAGCCUGGGGGUCCCCAAGGACUGUCUUGGGAAACAAUGAGCUAGAGGACCUUGACUCCUGUACCUGAGGACUGCAUGCUAUGCUGCUAAUUCUGUCCAGCUAAGUUUUUAAUUAACCCUUUUCCUUCUACUUCGUUGCUAUCUUAAAUGAUUUAGGUUUUCUGAAACCAAUAGUGGAUGGGGCGGUGGCUCAGUGAGUUGCACUGUUGAUUCACUCCUCCGGGCCUGAGGGUUUGAAUCCUGCCUCUGCUUUGUGUGUGAGGUGUCUGCAAGCUCUGUGUGUGUGUGUGUGUGUGUGUGUGUGUGUGUGUGUGGACCCUGCCAUGCACCUAUAACCCAAUGUCCCUGUACUGGCUAAGUGAUUGGAGAUGGAUAGAUGGGUGAACACGCUGUUUCAGCUCUCACUAUACUUUUCAGUCAUACUACUUGAUCCAGUACUGGAUCAUGGGGGCUUAGAGCCUGUCACAGGCAUCUCUAAGCACAAGGCUGGGGAUCACCCAUGGUGGGAUGCCAAUAUAUUGCAGGGAUGUUAACAAGUGAUCCAUGAAUUUAUAAUUGUGUUUUUUUUUUCUUCUGAUCAACAGCUUAAUCAGCAUAAAAUAACACUGCAGACAGCCAGGAUCUGAACUUGAGAUUCCUGCUGUACUGUAAGGUGCUUAAGCUUAGAUGUCAGUUAAAUUAGCCUGAUAACAAUGGAAUAAUUAAGUUUGCAAAGUAAUUACAGAAUGUAUGGAUUUUGACUUUUUCAUUCUAAUUUUUUUAUUUUUUUUUUGCCAAUGAAAUCAAUCACCAUAGUUUAUUUUUUUAAGGUUCACUCUGGAAGUUUGAGAACUUUUUGCCCCCGAGUUUCCAGUUGAAGAUUAAAAGUGCAGAACUAUUCUAAUGUUGCAUGUUUAGAUGAUUUAAAUAAAUUAUGUUUACUGGUAAUAGAUAUCAACCCUUUUGAAUAUUAUUUAAAAUAACAAUCAGAAGGGUUGAAACCUAUUUAAAUUUUAAAUAACAUUUUAAAUGUCACAAUUUCCCUUUCAUAAAAAUCUAUAGCUUUUAUGUUGGAACAGUGAAAUCCAACAAAGUGCUGAGAAAUAUCUUAAUUAUAUGAUUACAUGGAUUGUUUUUAUUUGCUUUUUUGUCAGUGCGGGUGAUGAAAAUGGUUUCCAGAUUUCCUGUGAUGUUAUUUUCUUAUAUUGGCAAGAAUAAAUACGUAAUAGUCAGUCAGACUGAGGAAUUUGAACGUACCACCCUAGGAAUAACAUUGAUACCACAUUGGUGUCAUAUUAUACGGGCAUUUGAAUUUUGUCUGCAGUGACUCCGUUUUCCAAGGAAGAGACAUAUGUUAAUAAUUUUUUUUUAGAUGUUUUACAUUGGCCCACAUAUAUGGAUAGAAUGUCAAUAUGUCCAUUUUUUCCCCUUUUUUUCAGGCGUGUAUUGAGAAAUAUAUAGAUUUUUUUCCCCCAAAUUGAUUACAGUGUAUUUCUCUUCUGUAUGGAAUCCCUGUCAAUUGAUUUAAAAAUUGAUAAAUAAAAAAUAAUGGUAUAGAUGGGAAACCAGCUGUGCAUAUCCAUUCUUUUUAUACCAUGUAAAUAAAGAUAUUUCUUAUGUCAUAAGCAGGACAUGGUUUUUGUAUAUAUCUAACUUGCAUCCUUACCUAAUACUGGACCCCCUGUACACCUGUGGAAAUUAAACAGUAUCUUUUUACUUA